GCCGACACUACAUCCGGUGUGGUCGUCGGUUCCGCUAGGUGUUUGGGGUACGCCGGCCGGAAUAUCGAGCGUGUAGUCAUGUCGGCGUCGGUGUUGUCGGUCAUCUCGCGGUUCUUAGAAGAGUACUUGAGCUCCACUCCUCAGCGUCUGAAGUUGUUGGACGCGUACCUCCUGUAUAUACUGCUGACCGGGGCGCUGCAAUUCGGUUAUUGUCUCCUCGUGGGGACCUUCCCCUUCAACUCUUUCCUCUCGGGCUUCAUCUCCUGUGUGGGGAGUUUUAUCCUAGCGGUUUGUCUGAGAAUACAGAUCAACCCACAAAACAAAGCGGAUUUCCAAGGCAUCUCCCCGGAGCGAGCCUUUGCUGAUUUUCUCUUUGCCAGCACCAUCCUGCACCUUGUUGUCAUGAACUUCGUUGGCUGAAUCAUUCCCAUUUACUUAAUUGAGGCGUAGGAGACUGGAAGAAUGUGAAGAAAUUGUGGCUCAGAUGCACCGAUCAAGCCAGGAUUAGAAGGACAAGCAGUGUUCAGGCAAACUUUGCCUUUUUCAUUAUGAUCCACUCUCUGACUGAGCUGUUUCAGUCUGUUAUUUCUGGUUCAUCGACACUACUAUUUUUCCUCCCCAGUUAGAUCUUUCUGGCCUCUGUGCCAUUACUUUAACAUUUCUUUCUAUUUCAGAAUGCACUUAAAUCCACAUAAACCAUGCAUUUCUUGAUAUCUGGGCCCUACAAAUACUGCAGUAAGUUCAAUAGGUCUCAGUCACCACAUUAAGCCUCCUACUUUAGUGACAUAUUGUCUACUUACUGGGUUUUAUUGAUAAUCCUGUCCCAGUCCCAUAGAUGAAUGUAUUAGAAAUCACAGCACCGUGCUGCCUGACAAGAAUUCCUGAGCUACCUUGAUAAUAGAUUAAUGUGAUUAGCAUGUAUCUAUCCUCCUUCCUGGGAACUCUGGCUGGGAUUUCCCCCUUUUUCUAUUAUUGAAAUAAAAGACUAAGCCAUGGAGUUAAGCCUCUGAAAGCCUCUUUUCAGAGCACAAUAGAAUGGAUGGAGGGGAAAGCCUGAGAAGAGUCCAGCUGAUGGUCUUUAGACAACUCUGACACAUUUCCUUCAAAAAUUUCACCAAGUCACCUUGUUUUACCAGCCAAAGCAUAUCAGCUUUGAUUCCCAUUUUUUACUUAGGAAUCAAUUCCUGUACACGAGGUCAUUUUACCAGUGGUUAGAAAAUUGCUCCUGUCCCUGUAGGUAAUCUUUCUUUCUUUUAUCAGUUUAGUGUGUAUUAAAAAAUUUGUGAGCAUGGGGUGGGACAGGGGUAUGGUUGGAGUAUUAGACACGAGGGACAGCAUCUGUUUUUUUCAUUUUGUUUUGAUGACUUUCAUCACUAAACCCCAGUACUCCUUGAGUUAAAGAAUAAGGAGACAUUUAAUCAUGUGUGCAAUGUAAGUCUGCAGGAUAAGUUCAGGCAUUAUGAUCAAUAAUAACCAGGUACUUACUGGAACAUACUGAUACGGUGGUUCCUUUCCCAAAGACCAACACAUUUCCUGUCUGGUAGGCACAGUGAAACGAGGCCCUGCAAAUACCCUGAUUACCUGUUCACUGCCUCCAAUGUGUAUAUAACUACAAACAAUGGACACUUGUAUUCUGUCCUUGCCUUUGGCAAGGAACUAACUCAGUGAGCUCUCAGUGUUUGGGAAUGCAACAGUAAAGCUCUGUUACUUUGUGAGAAGGAGAGGGUAGAUGGGGGUGUGUCCUCCACUUACUCAAUAACUAUUCACUGAACACCUCCAUGUGUAAGGCACUGUGCUAGGCGCUGGGAUAGAGCAGAAAGCUGCUAGGACGCUGUCCCAGUCCUCGUGGCACUUAUAGUCUAUUGGGAGGCACACAGAAACAAAUCCAUAGAUAAUACAAUAUCAAGUGAUGAAAGUGCAGGAAUAAAUCAGGCUGGAUAACAGGCUGUGUUUAAAUCAGGCUGUGUUUGGUGGCUUGUUAGAAUGGUUGGGCAAGAAGGGUCUCUCUGAGGAGGUGAUAUUAUCUGAAGUGAGAUCCAAGCGUGGAGGAAUGAAUCAUCACCUCUAUUUACAGAUAAGCCAAUAGAGGGCCUGAAAGAUCAAAGCCUGGCUCCGAAUCACACAGUGUCAAGGACGGCCAUGGACGCUUAGAUCAUGCCUUCUUUCUGUUGAAGUACUAGAUCUAGUUCUACCAUGUAAAUUCCUGGUUAGGAAAGACAAAAUGAGACAGAGGUUCUUCCAAAGUGACUUUGGGAUGUUAUCUGGGUAAUUGGAAACUGUGGCACUGGCCGUUGAGGCAUCCAGGUUGUAAGAGGAGGCCAACUGGAAGAGAAGGUGUUAGCAUCUAAGAGUGUUUUUCUGAUGGCUUUUCUGAUGGAGCUGGCCACUGAGAUGGGGAGACUUCUUCCAUCCUGUUUCCCUAUUAAGUUGGCAAGCAAUGCAAUCCAUUGCCCAGCAAAAUGAGCUCUUACAUUUAUGAUGGGGAGGAUACAGGGAGAGCUCUGCUCCCCACUAAACCAGAAUAAACCAAGGACAUUUGGCAGUCCACUUAAAUGAACAAAAAAGCCUGUUACAUGUCUCAGUAACUAACUGAAUUCAAAUUUCAUGGCAAUACUUACUAAGAUUCACCUUUAACGUGGUCCCCCUUCCAAAAACCAGCUUCAGGCUGCUUGAAAACCCCACAGGGAUCUAUUCCACCACAAAAACCAAAGUGAGCUUCAUUUUCAAGCACAGGAAUUCUCCCAGGUUCUCUCACUUGGUUGAAACCCAGGUCAGCACCAAGCACAUAUUUAGGUAAACUCAAGAAAAGUCUUAAACUCAUACAUUCUUUGGAAUGGUAGGAAACCUCCGAAACCAUUUCCUACAAGCUCACAACCUCAAGCAUUUCUCUCCCAAGUGAUCUCAGGUUUUGAUGAUCUCCAGGGACAGUCUUAGUCACCAAUUCUCAUGUUCUGUUUUCUCAUAACUAGAAAGGUUCACCUUAUAUCCAAAUUCAACCGUUUCUCUGCCAUAGCCAAGAUCCAUGAAGCUUUUUCAUCCUCAAGUUUACCCUCAAAUGGAAUUUUUCAUAAAAUCUGACUCUCAAAAAAAUCACGAAUCACCUGACUGCCCAUACUUUUCAAAGAGAUUUCACAUACAUUAUCUCAUGUGAGUCUUACAAAAUCCUUUGAGCUAGACAGAGCUGGAAUCAUAAUCUCCAUGUCAUAGAUGAACUGGGGCUUACAGAGCUUCCCAUGGACGCAUGGUUGGUGAGUGGCUGAGCAAGAUCCAUCGUCUUUUGGCCCCGGGUUGAAUGCCUUAAUGAUUUAUUUGUACACGUUCACGUAUUGAUCAUAUCCCCUUAGCUUUCAAGUAUCUCUCCCUUCUUUAUUCUCUUCCUUAAUGAAAAGGACAAUAUCGUCAACAACAAAAACAAUAUCCACCCCCUUCCUCAAAAAAAUAAAUAAAUAAAUAAAGCACUCUAAACAAA